UGCGUGCGUGCUUGCGUCAAGCUUGGCGGCGGCGGCAUCUUCUUCUCCUCCUGCUGCUGCUUCUUCUUCUGCGGAGCCUCCGGAGAAAAAGGGCGGUUGAAGCCCAGCGAGGAGCUGCGAAGGCGGCAGCGGCAGCAGCCGGACCCGUCUGAGAGGAGCUCUUUCCCGCCCAGCCCCCGGCUGCCCAUCCCGAAGCCGACCUGGCUUGAAGUAGCACUCUCCGAACUGCUGCAAGAAUCAUGUCGGCAGCAGCUGGGCAGAAGAAGGGACCCGGCCGGCAGCGCAAGUGCGGCCUCUGCAGGUCCAACAAGGAUAACGAAUGUGGGCAGCUCCUGUUCUCUGAAAACCAGAAGGUGGCGGCGCAUCAUAAGUGCAUGCUUUUUUCAUCUGCCUUGGUAUCGUCGCCCUCCGAUAACGAGAGUCUCGGGGGCUUUUCCGUUGAUGACGUUGAAAAGGAAAUAAAAAGGGGCACCAAGCUGAUGUGCGCCUUAUGCCACUGCCCCGGAGCAACUGUGGGUUGCGACGUCAAAACCUGCCACAAGACAUAUCACUACUAUUGUGCGUUGCACGACAAGGCUCAGAUCCGAGAGAGACCUUCUCAAGGCAUUUACAUGAUAUUAUGUCGAAAGCACAAGAAAGCGCCGCACAACUCUGAAGAUUUAGGAGAAGAUUUGAACGAACGGAAUGAGUCGGAGGCGCCCCCUCCCAAGAAGAAGGGGCGCAAAGGAAGGCCCAGAAAAUUGAGCCCCCGAGGGCAGCCAGAAGAUAGCCGAUCCACAUCUUCGCACGGCACAGACGAUGUAGAAAGCAGUUCUUACAGAGACAGGUCGCCGCACCGAAGCAGCCCCAGCGACGCGAAACCGAAAUGCGGGUUCUGCCACGCGGGCGAAGAAGAAAACGAAGCCCGGGGGAAGCUUCAUAUCUUCAAUGCGAAAAAGGCCGCAGCGCAUUACAAGUGCAUGCUGUUCUCUUCUGGCACUGUGCAAUUGACGACCACAUCGAGGGCCGAGUUUGGCGACUUUGACAUUAAAACUGUCCUUCAAGAAAUCAAACGGGGGAAGAGAAUGAAAUGCACCCUUUGUAGCCAAUCUGGCGCAACAAUUGGGUGUGAAAUCAAGGCCUGUAUCCGGACUUACCAUUACCACUGCGGAGUGCAAGACAAAGCGAAAUACAUUGAGAACAUGUCGCGAGGAAUUUACAAGCUUUACUGCAAAAACCACAGCGGCAACGAUGAGCGGGAUGAAGAGGACGAAGAGCGAGAGAGCAGAAGUCGCGAGAGGUCAAUAGCGGACCACAGUGGAUUUUCUCAGCAGCUCAAUGGGAACUAGGUUCAAGUUAAACUGGGAAUGAAGAAGACAUCCACGAUUCAAAUUUUGUUUUUUUUUUGUUUUUAUAAAGUCUGAGAAGGGUUGGGAAACCCCCCCCCCUUCUUUCUUUUUUUUAACUGCCUGACUGUUAGAAAUGUCCUUGAUCUGCCAGAAGUGUGAGCCUUCAAUGAGCGGCGUGUCAAUAUUACGUUAGUUAGUUAGUCUGCAAGUGGAACGCUAUACAAGGAGAUGUCAAUGUGUACAGUGUCAAAACAACAAACAACAACAGACAUUGAAAUGGCAGGCACGGUUUCUGGACGAAAUGACUCUUCCGAGAUACGGAAUGUGACUUUGGGCAGCAAGGGAAAAGGCGGGAGGUUUAACGCGCAAAGCGGACCCGACUGCGCCAUAGGAAGGCUGCAAGGAGGUUCAUUUUGCAUCCGCCUCCACUUGCGGACCGUGGAGGGGAACUGUGUUCCCCUCUUUUGCAGAAGCGCACAGCGCGUAGGGGAAAAAAGAAGAAACUCAACCCGUCUUAAGAGUUCCUGCUUACUAUGGGAUUUAGCCUCCUUUAUUGGGCACCGUACCUCGAUUGCUCUGCGCCGCCGCGUGGAACGCAUCAUGUUUUGUCCAAAAAAUAAAAUAUGUCCAGAUCCCCUAUGCUGUAAGAAGAAUGCAGAAUAAGAUUUUGGUUUUUUGUGUGUGUGUGCGUUCUUUUUUUUCUAUAUGGAAAGAGGUCAGUAUUUAUUUUGAGUCUUGCGACCACUAUGUGAGAAUGUUCUAGUAUUUGAUUAAGGCAGGCAUCCCCAAACUGCGGCCCUCCAGAUGUUUUGGCCUACAACUCCCAUGAUCCCUAGCUAACAGGACCUGUGGUUGGGGGAGAUGGGAAUUGUAGUCCAAAACAUCUGGAGGGCCGAAGUCUGGGGAUGCCUGUUCUAGUAUUUGAUUAAGGCUUCCUGGCAAAUCGGCAAGUUAAAUGCUGUUAAAAUCUUCCUAGUGCUCUCUGUCAGUGUCUAAUUUAUGCCAAGUCUUAACAUCCCCAGUUAUGAUGUCUUGGUAUUUUCUUCUGUUGCCCUAGUAAAGCCUACUGUUUUCAACACAACCAAUACACACGCAUGUGCAUGCACACACACACACACACACACACACUUGUUUGCAAGCUAGCAAGUUCACUCUAAAUGUGGGGCAAAGCUGCAAAAAGGAAUAUACUGGCCAUUGGUCAGAAAACCAGACUGUGGAUGUGGCAAAAAGCACUCCAGGAAUAUGACUUCUGUUUCCGACUUCCAUUUCUGAAUCCUUUUUGAGUUUCAAUUUAUUUUUGAUCCUUUUGUUUUCUUUUUAAAAUGCGUUUCAUUGAUGUGUUGAGGGGCUCAACUGUUGCGUCUAAGAACAAAUGCUCGACCUCAAUUUGGAAUUCAAUCCAGUUGCAUUUGAAAACGUCCUGGAGGAAAAGUUGUGUAUAAAAGUUGACUGCUCUUAUGCCAUUGACCAAUUUUUUAAAACGUUUUUUUUUUGUAUUGUAACAUUUAAGAUUAAAGGCGCAACUUGUACUGAAAUAGAUUUCCGCCAGGCUCUGCGCUCUUUCAAAAGUGGUGUGUGUGUGUGUGUGUGUGUUGUUGUUUAGUUGUUUAGUCGUGUCCGACUCUUCGUGACCCCUGGACCAUAGCACGCCAGGCACUCCUGUCUUCCACUGCCUCCCCUUUAAUCGUUUCUAAAUACACUCGUGAUUUAUUAUAUUAGAUCAGUGCUAGGAUUAUUUUACUUCUUUUGGGAAGCAGUCUCAAAGUCGAGGGCGAGUUGUGAUGCGUUCAGAAUGGACAUGAAAAAUGCCAGCAAAAUUCCAAACAAUUUGAGAAAAAGCCUACAGCCACACCACUCUGAAAGCACCCAAUCCCAUCGGAUCUCUGAAGUUAAUCAGGGUCGGGGCUGGUUAGUUGAUGGGAGACAAAGAAAAAUAUGCUGCUGUCAACCUCCAACCUCUGUAAUGACACCCAGGGACAAAGACGGUCGAAGCGGACACGGAGCAAUGGAUUCAAACUUCAAGGAAGAAGAUUCCACCUCAACAUGAGGAAGAACUUCCUGACAGUAAGAGCU